AUGAAGCCAGCAUUGGAAGGGAAAGCGUUACAUGGGACUCCCAUUGCCGUCGGAUCUACAUCUGGAGAAUUGAGGUCCUCGGAGGUGAAAAGGAUCAAAGGAGCCAAGUCCUUAGGAAGUAUAAGCAGUCUACAUUCGACAGAUAGAUUUGAAAGCACAAAUCGUCUACAUGGAAAAGGAGGGGGAUCAUCAAGAUCUGUACGAAGUGUGUCGCGCGACUCACUUUCUGAAAACAUCCCUAGAACUCCUUCACGAGGUCGAUUGACCAAAAGCAGAAGAGAGUUAAGCCAAUCAACAUCGAAGAGCAAUUUAGGCUCGCAAACAGAGAGAUCUACUUCAAAGGGCAAUUUAUAUAAUGCAGGCCAGCGCUCAAAAUCACGAGAUAAGCUACUGAAGGCUGUUAGGGUUACUAGUACUGCCAUAUCCCUCCGUAAAGGAUACCAGCAACAGAAAGGUCAAAAAUCAGAGGAGGAACAGAAACCGAAUUCCUCUUUGACGGAAGCAGACUCGGAAUCUAAAGCUGUACCGCCAGCAACGCUAUACGUCCCAAUCGGCAAGUUUCUCAGCUCGGUCAAUGACAUUCAAAGUGUUCUGCGCUCAGUGAGCGCUACCUUCUCGGAAAUCUCUCGCUCUCAUCAGCGUUUGGCUGAGUGGCGUCCGACUUGGCCAAACUUGGAUGACAUUAAGGCUGGCAAAGUUCCCAUGAUGGUGCAAGAUAAUGCAGCUUCCCCGCCUGUCAACACAGAAGAACUCACCAUUUCUGAAAAGGAUAUUGAUGAGCAUGUUCAUAGUCAGGAGGAUGUAGCAUCUUCCUUUACCGGCGAGAUUCAAGAAGCACCGGUACUACCUAGUAGCAUUGAUAGGUUAUCGGACGGUCAUGUUAGGGCGUCAACCCACGGCGAUAAUAUCCUUGCACCAGAUGUUGAGAGGGAGAGCUCAGCAACGAGUACCGUGGAAGAGCAACGCGGUAGUGGCACGUAUGCUAAUCCUUUGGAGAUGAGAAGUUCCGCAAUAGUGCAGUCGGAAGAGCGGCUACAUCUGAGCUACGAAAGUCCUGGUGGGAAAGUUCAUUCGGUGCUGGCUCCAAUUAUAUAUAGUGAGGGUACGGCAGGAAAGGAACUCUACCCUAAGGACAGAGAAAUAGCAGAAAUGGACGCGGCCCCUGGGCAGAGCGACACGGCACCGCAUGAACGCUUUUCGAAAAAGCUGCAAGGGUUACAGGGUUCAUCUGCAUCAAGCAGUCAGCGGGAAGAAUCCAAUAUCACGGAAAGGAUUUCAAUAGAACGUCCCGUUGGAAAGCAAUUGUCUGGUUUGGACGAUAGGGAAAUCUUUGAGGCCGUGCGAGCACCUGAUGCUGCACAAGAUGAAAUCUACCAUGCGAGUGGCUUUCCAGAUAACAGGAUGGACGAGGAAUAUCUGAAACCAAUGCUUCCACUCACGCCAAAUAACGAUGUAUCUCGAAGUUUCGGCGAGGAGAUUAGGUCAAAGGAUGAACUAAAAAACCUGGAUCAUCCUUCAACCAGUUGCGGAGAACUGCCACUGCAUCGCCCUAAGAGUGCUUCCUCGACACUAUUUGAGAGGAAGUUCCCUUUUGAACCACGAUUGUCUGUAUCAGACGUGGUUCGUAAAAGCGAGCCGAUGUUGGCAGUUUCUGAAGGGAACCUUCACCAUUUGCGAGGCAUUCAAGGUAAAACAAAGGCAAUGAGCGCACAGCCUGUGAAUUCACGCCUUUCCGAGCGGCAAUCGUCCAGCGCCUCUAAUUUAAAUCGACAGCAUUCGGCGCCUACAGGAGAGCGAAAGCAAUGGCGUAGUGUGUCGGUAGAGAUUAACUCAGGGUCGAGACCGGUACCACCACUCUCGCCAUCCACUCCACAACCAUGGGAGGAUGAUGAUGAGAUGCCGAGUGCAAGAGCCCAAAGGCGUGAGCGAGAGAGAGACUUAUACGGUCCAAAAUCUGGCAAACAAGUGGAUUCUAAUGAACGAGUGGAGAAAAUGCCGGAAACAUUACUUGUUCAGGAGGAUGAACAUCAAGAUCGCAAGGACGACGUGACAUGUAUCUCAGAAGAUGCGCAGCAAAUUUUAAGAAGUAAAGAAUUUAUCGUUCGGAGUGGCAAGGCUCCAAAGAGGUCCCUUAGCUUGGGAACUGAACUAUUCUCCAAGAAAAGGUCUGCAUAUUCAAUUUCCACUGCGGUAAAACGUGAAAUACCAUCCAGUCGUCCAUCGAGUGCGAAAGAAAUUCUGCCACAAGUUCUCAGAAAAAGUCGUACAAAUAUUACCACCACUGAUUGCGAGGUCAAAACUGCAACUACUGUCAAUCUCCAAGUAGAUCUUCAAGAGAAGCAUGUCGGAGUCGUCGCCUCGCCACUGAGCAGCAGACCGUCCACUACACAUCGUCCAGUCUCAGCAAAGUCCAAUCAUGCCACAGAAGAUGAUGUCGAACAUCUUGAUGGACAAUUAUUUGCUCAACUGAUCAAGGAAGCUAUAUCUACCGAAAGAAAAAACUCCCUACCGAAUGCAAUGAAUGAGGGAAGACGUCCAAAGAGCGCCUGGAAGUGCUCACCACAGGGCCAGACUAGCCAAUUGCCCUCUCUUUCUCGACCGCAGACAGCCAUGUCAUCUGUGUCUCAUUCACAUCCGUCUACAUCAGUCGUGGACGUGAAUAAACAAUAUGAAUAUGUGCAGAGCGCCCGUCCUUGUUCUGCUCUUUGUCUCCGACCAGGCGCAUCCCUGCUGAAGGAUUUGAUGUGGACUCAUAAGCUAUUCGUCUCCAACGGAGAGCCCACUGAGGAGUUGUUUGGCAUGGAGACUGAAGAUAUUAUUUUCGAAGAGUUUCACCCUCCAACCCAACAGCGCCGUCCUACUAUUGCAUCAACACAGACAACAGCAGCGCAGACGCAAGAUGCUCCUCCCCAAGCGGCUGUUUUGCAGACGAGCACAUUGGAAGCAGAUGGUUGUGAGACGGCUUCGUUGAUAGAGAGACUGCAACUGCUCCGUCUGCAAUUAGAUGGAAAGAAUGAGCACAUGCAGAAAAAAUCGAAACGCCCCGCCUCCGCAUUGUCGGUAUGGUCGCUGGAGAAUCGGGUCCCACUAGACUCUUCGCUAAGGACAUCCUCCGCGCGUGCACGGGCAUCAUCUCCCCAUCAUCUCAGACCUACAUCCGCAGUCGAGCAUUAUCACGAUGCUGGCGUCUGGAUAUCUGAUGAGUUCCCUUUAAUGGAGUCGCCUGCAAUGUGGGAAGACAAGGAUGCGUUGGCCAGAAUGUAUUCGCAGAUUGCGUCAAUGCGCGAACAGGGGGAAUACUCGGCGCCUUCCCAGCGGACCGUGCUCUCCAAUUCUGUACGCGGGCCCUUCAAAGGCCUGCGCACGGAACUGAAUCCCACAUUGAUUGUAGUAGACGAUUCCAUGAUACACGUUCCUGCUGAAAGCCGGACGCACUCUCGUUGUGCCUCUGCUCACCACCCGACGGGUACUGUCGUCGCAACGUCUCAUGGGUGGGCUGUUGAAACUGGCGACUUUGAUUGCGAAUCCAUUCUUCUGGAUGAUGAUAUUGGGGAUUUGGACGCUGCUACCUUAGCCGAAGCAGUUACGAGCAUUCCUCGACGUUCACCAAGUCCCCGAGGCAGACCACGAUCGCAAACCCCAACAAGGGAAGGCCAUUCGUCUGAGAUGGUGGAGGGUUGGUUCGUUCGUAACAUGAGGAAGGAGGAUCUGCCACAACAACAAGUCCAAACACCGAGGCACACCGAAGUACUGUCGGUAAUGAUACCAGAGACAGAAUCGGAAAACCCCAAUGUUUUGAUACAGAGUGAAGAACCGAAACAAGCAUCUGACACAGACACUAAUGAAUGCACUGGAAAGGAAACUGAAUCCACUAUACCCGUAGCCCGUAUCAGAAAAAAGAAAAAGCGAAAGAAGAGAUCUAUUCGGCGCAAGAAACCGGACAAUGCUACUUCAUCGCCCGCAAUUACAGCAAAGCGGGUACGGAAAUCCAGAGACCAUACGUCCUUGGAAAAUAAAGCAGUACUUGGAUCUGUCGCAAUAGAAGAACAAGUCGUCAAUGACGGAGAAGCUCAACAGACCAAUCUGAACGCCUCUCUUGCUGUACCCGAUACGAACACGGACAAUGUUGUGGAAAAUGAAGACAGUUUGUCCGGCCAGAGACUUGAAGAGGCGAUGGAAAUUAAAGUCAAGUAUCGCCCACCGCAAAAUGUCGAUGCUGUUAUACGGUCAAUCAUACGGAUUGACAACCACGUCAAGCAUUUGCAAAGAUGUCUCCGAGCGUACCACAAUGUGAUCCAAUACCGACUUUAUCUUCAAAUGAUUCGCUACGUUCAGAGAGCGUACCGGGGACAUCGAGUCCGCUUGCAAUACCUCCGCUGUCUGCAGCUGAAACGCAGUGGAAGAAAUAUGGUGCUGGCAAUGAAGCAGCUGGAACGAAUAGACGAAGGUGCCAUUAUUCGUGACAAUGGAGAAUACCAGCGUCCUGCUGCCAAUAUGAGCCGGAAUUCGUUCCAUUCUGGAUCGGAUAUCUCCGAAAUUCCGAGUAUAUCGUCCAGUUUCCCUUCUGGCAUGAGCUUUGAAAAUUCAAUGUCCAAUCUCAACCCUCUCCGCCAUCGUAUUUUGGUAAUUGUUCGCCGAAGAAAAAACAUGGACAUAUGGUUGAGGAAAAGAGAUAUGUUAUUGGAGAGGAGGGUUGUUUGGGGAAAGUGCAAAGCCAUUUGCGAUGCGCUACGCGCGUCUUAUGGACAUUGGUUUGAUCUCUUGGCUCGUGGAGGACCGUCAGUACUCUUGUUUGGGACAUUUGUUCCCGGGGAGGAAGAAUUUCCUUUCGAAAACGUUCAAGUUGAAUUUCAACCCUCCUCUGAUAUCGCAAGUACGCCAUCUGGGGGUCGAAGUCGCCGACCUAGUUCUGUCUCCGCCGAUCCUAGAUUAUCUCGUCGUACGAGCAUGGCGCCAACAAUUCCGGAAGUGGGCUCACGGCGUCCCAGUAGCUUUGGGGGACUUCCCCAGGCUGCCACCACCAAGCGGGCGCGUCGAAGUACGCUGGCUAACCCGAUAGAAGCUGCCAUGACCAGAUUAACGAUGCACUUGACCCUAGAAAGUGUUAUCGAGGUUAUGGAUGUGGUCUCUGGCACGUCUUAGGCGGCCAGCGACAUAUCGUCAGGGCCGGUGAUGCGCGGUGGAAGCGAUGUGAAUGUCAUCUGUGUGCUAUAUGUACUUUAGUCUUAACAUAAAUCAAUACCUAUUAAACAUGUAAAUACAUAGGAUCUUGUGAUCAGGU